GCACCGUCCACAACCACUCCAGCCAAGCGGCCUACUCGAAUACUUGCUUUCUCUCUUCCACCAACGAUUUCUCUCUGUAUUUCAUACUUGUAGUACUGUAUGAACACGAAAGCAGAUGCCUCACCGCAUCCCCUGCCUUCACUGCCGCCGUCUCCUGUGGAAGAAGACAUCAGUCGAGCAGGCACAUGGCCAGAGGAUACGUCCACUUUGACGGACAAACCGCCCAAGGCGAAGGGCAAGGAACGAGAAAGAUUGGACACGCCCUCGCUCCCUUAUGCAGCCGAGGAGAGUGGCUUCUCAUCAGACGAAGGAGAGACCGGAGUAGAGGGUUAUCCGCCUACCAAGGAUGAGAAGGCACAGGCUCGGCGGGUUGAGGAGAACUUGCGACGCUGGGAAUUGCAAGAAAGACAACGCCGGAAGGCCGCUCGUGAAUCCACAAUGUCAUCACCGACGCGCACAUCUUUCAUGGCAGAUAUGACACAACAGGCCUCCCUAUUAUGGAGUGCUCGGCGAUCAAUACGACCGCCUACAGGUGGUGGCGGUUCUCACCACGUCCUUCGUCCCGCAGAGGACGGUGUACCAUUAGACGAAAUUGACACUCCCGCUCCCUCGAGGCGUGCUUCGUCUGAACCAGCAGUUAAUCCAUUCAUCACACCCGCCGCAUCUACUGUAUCCCUAAAUGAACCGUACCAAUCUGCUAUAAUGACUGCAUCGUCAUCAUUACCUUCUUCAGAAGAGGCGUCUACAAGCACCUUGACCACUCCUACUGCGAGCAGGCCAAUGCUUCCAGCGUCGUUGCCUUCACAUCCUCCUCCACAGCCUCUAGAUCUUCCCAAACCGCGAACUCCUCCACCGAGAACAGGCACUCCUCACGCCAAUAAACCACCUGAACCCAUGCCCCCGCCUACACUCAACGUCACGUUAGAUGAGGAGAAUGUACCAGCAGGGAAGACACGCUGGUGGACAGACUGGUUAUGCGGCUGUAUGGAUACUGGAGAUCAUCAAGCCGCUCGUACAAAUCCGUUCGAGUAAAUCGGACUCCGUUCAUUUGUCGUUGUGCAUGUCGUUCGUUCGUUGUGUGUUUUUAUUUUAUUUCGCUGUUCUGGCAUUAUUGGACUCUCUCAUU